UGUUUUUGGAUAUCUUUUGAAUACUCUCUGUGUUGUCCUUAUCAUGUUCAUGUUGGGACCUGAAAUUGAAAAAGUGCACACAUCGAGUAUGUGUAUUUCUAUUGUCAUUUUAGGUCUCCAGGGAACCACAUAGUUUGCCAUCCAAAACAGAGGGGUGAGUGGUGGGGAGACUUGAAAGAUUGGAGAUGGUGGCCUGAAGAAUUUGAAGUGGGUAAAACUAAAAAUGAUAUCUUUUUUUUUGCUUCUCUGAACCAAGAGGAAUGGCGUGAUGGUACCCAUCAUUUUUCUCUGUAAUUUUGCCCACCUGUGGUUCCCUCCAUGCUUGACAUUGGAGCACGGUCCCAUCAUUAGGAUUCCAGAGACAGAGCAAGCGAUGUGGAGAAAAGGAAGGGUGGGGUGGCGGAAGAAGCUGAGAGACGUGAAAUGGUUAGUGCGAUGGAUUCUCCCUUUGCUUCCUAACCGUCCUUCGUUUUCGGAUCGAAAGGUUUUGCUUCGCAAGUUGAUGAUUCCUUGUUUUCUGGAGGAAGAAACCCCUUUUAGGUUCUCAAGUAUGAAUCUUUCUUACAGAAAAUGAAGAGCAGAUGAAGGAAAGAUUGGAUCUUUUGGUCUUUCUUAGAGAAAUCGGGUUCAAGUUUUAAUCUUUUCCUUUCAUCGUACAUAUUCAAGUUCAUCUUUGCAAAUAGCUUAGACUAGAUUCUUUUUUCUUACUGAAAACAGAUGCUUUGAUUUUUCUGACAUAGAUUGAUGUUUUUUCUCUGUUGUUGCAAGUAGAAGUGUCCACCCAUCUCUGCAAUUCCACUGGCUCUUGUAGAACAUUCACUCUCCUGAAAUGCCACUGAGUUGUAACUUUGCAUCUAAAGUUUGAACUUCUCAUCCUGAAAAAGCUCUAUUGUGUGCAGACUCCAUGAUGCCCUCUUGAAUGAAUUCUCAUUGUGAAGUUAUCGAGCAACAGAAAGAAAUAUGACUGAUUUUAGAGUCAGAAAGCUUGGGCAAGGUCAGAUGAAAGCCAGAAAUGUUCCCGUCGCUGUAACUCCUGAAGGGUUUUGGUGUUGCCCAUCCCCCGCAGUUCUACAAAAGACCAUUAAGAAUCAAAAUCACCAAAACAAGAAAAAGAUACUGUCUACAAUGCCGUCAAAGGCAUCUUCAGUUCAGAGGCCAAUAAGUUCCCCAGUAGACAAAGGAACACUUUCUGAUCCAUUAAGUUCAAGAGUUUGUUCCGAGGAUAAUAGUUGUCUUACCUCUGAUACUGCUGCUAAAAGUCCAACAAAGGCAGCUGAGGGUCUCUCAAAAUUAAAUGUUGGGAAUCAACACCAAAAAAUUUCUGUGGGCUUUGGUCAGCCUGAGACCAGUGAUUUGAAGAUUAUUUUGUUUGGGAAAGAGGGAAUUGCCGUCGAGAUGAGCGUUCACAAGGCCAUUCUCACAGAACACAGUAGCUUCUUUGCAGAUAAAUUCUCUAGGCAAUCUCCGGUACCAUUUUUUGAAAUUUCUGACUGUGAAGAUGUGGAAAUUUAUGUUGAAACUGUGGGGUUAAUGUACUGUGGUGAAGUAAAACACAGAGUAAUCAAGCAGAGUGUUUCACGUGUGCUCCGCAUUCUAAAGGUUGCUGAAUCGCUUGGAUUCCAUGCAUGCAUUAAGGCAUGCUUGGAUUACCUGGAGGUAGUCCCCUGGGUUGGUGAAGAAGGAAAUGUGGUGUCAUCUGUCCAACAUCUCCAGAGCAAAAAUUAUAGCAUAAGUCCUAUAUUAAAGCGAGUAUUUUCUGAUACAUCGAAACCUCCAAAUGAUACUCUUGCUCAUAUAAUGGAGCUAGUCCUCAGAAGCAACGAGGAGAGAGGUCGACGUGAGAUGAAAUCAUUAGUGCUCAAACUUCUCAAGGAAAACAGUUUCUGGACUGAUGGAUCCGUAGACAUAUGCAUUGGAACUUUGUAUAGUUUAUGCCAAAGCUGCUUAGCCUCGUUGAUAGAGCUCUUUAGACAAGCAUCCAAGUCUACUCGUAUCGAAAGCAAGGAUCCUACGGUGAGGAAGAUAGCUCUCGAGGCAGAAAAUCUUCUUUGGUUGGUCGAGAUUUUGGCUGUCAGGCAUACUGCAGAUGAAUUUGCCUUGAUGUGGGCUAGCCAAAAUGAGCUUGCUCAGCUGCACUCAAAGCUUCCAGUCAUGUCGAGGCACCGAGUUAGCUGCAUUACUGCCAGGCUUUUUGUUGGUAUUGGAAGAGGAGAGAUGCUUCCAUCGAAGGAAACUCGGCAGCUGCUAUUGCAUGUAUGGUUGCAGCCACUGGUUGAUGACUACAGUUGGUUACAACAUGGUUGCAGACAAUUCGACCGCAAGGUUGUUGAGGAAGGAAUAGGCCAAACUAUUUUGACACUUCCUUUAGAAGACCAGCAAAGUGUUCUGCUGUCAUGGCUGGAGAGCUUCUUGAAGGUUGGUAGUAACUGCCCUAAUCUGCAGAGAGCCUUUGAGGUAUGGUGGAGGAGAACUUUCAUAAGGCCUUACUUUGAGCAACAUGGAAACAAUCUAAAAAUGGACAGAAAUUGAGUAGUUAGGUUGCCCUGUAUUAGCUGAGUGGUUUAUGAUGAGUUGUGAAAGGAGAGUACAUUGGUUUGAAGAUGCAUUCAUUCUUGAAAGUUAGCAUCAUGCUGCUGGCAUCUCAGGAUUGAGUUUAAGCUUGCAGGUUUUGAUCUGUUGAAGGCAUGGCUGGAAGUGCAUAAAGGAGGUGCAAUAUCCUGAUUGGUUUAUCAUCUUUCCCUCUCUUUAUGGAUGAGAACUGAAAUCAAAUCUUUACUAAUAGAACAAACACAUGAAUUCAGAAUUCCAUAUGUGGAGUACACUGAACUUGACAUUCCUGAGACAAAAGUUUGUAAUGAUACUAAGUAGACACUAUAUAUUUUCAUCUUUUGUUGGCUAUUUCUGGAGAAACAAUUGUUAUGAUGUUGCAGUUGCCAUUGUGAAAACAGAAGUUGACACUCAAUAGAGAAAAGCUUGUAAUGAUAAAAGUUUAA